CAGUUGUACAACUGGUCGUACAUGAUGUCGUCUGCUCUUCCGAUAAGCGAAUCAGGUCUCAAUAGUACAACUUAUUCCUGGAUGUCUACAACUUUUGACCAAUGGAAUAUGAACGUUACAAGUUCUUUUAAUAAUAUAAGUGGUUUUAACAACGAUUUUCCGAACGCAACUACGUUUGUUGACUAUAGUUUUCUGUUGCCUUCGUUUAUAUACGUGUGUUUGUUGUUAUUGAUUGGAUUGCCUGGAAAUGCACUUGUUAUCUAUGUUUAUCUAUUCAAAUGGCCGAAAUCAACAUCUCGUGUUUUCAUUCUCGCUCUCGCGACAUACGAUAUGAUAAAUUGCACAACAUCAAUGCCUACUGAACUGGUCAUUUUGAUGAAUUUCGCACAUUUUGACUAUCCUGUCUUGUGUAAAAUUUCUAGAUUUUUAACAGGAUUGAUUAACAAUACAACAACAUUUCUGUUAGUCGUGAUAGCAGUGGAUCGAUUUAAACGAAUUUGCCGACCGCACAACAAACAUAUCACUCCAAGAUUAGGGAAAAAGUUAGUAUUCAUUGGGACCAUUUUUGGAUUAUGCACUAAUUGGCCAAUGCUAAUACUUUACGGCACGAUGACAAUUCCGGGUGGGAAGACUUGUUUGAUAGAGGACGAAAUGUUAAAGACCAAUUAUCCAAUAUAUUUUGUUUUGUUCUUAUUAUUAGGACACUUUGUAACGGAUUGCAUUCUUAUAACUCUGUAUGCCUUUGUCGGUAAAGCAAUAUGGAACAGGAGACAGAUCCUGAAGUCAACUAGUGUAAAAGUUCCGAAUCAGGAAAUAUCUCAAAGUAGUUACACAGUAGAUGACCUUGACUCAAUUGAACAAGAACAGAAGCGAACUCGACUUGCCUCAUUUGUAUUUUGGAAUCGAGUUUCAGAUGAAUUUCGAAAACGGAGUAACACAGCAGAUAAACUUAAACCAAAGAAUAAUCGACACACUCCACAAAAGAAGUCUACGUCACUUUUUCGACGAGCUCUAUCAAAGAUAUCUUUAAAAGAACAAGGCAACAAAGCUCGUGUAGGCAAGACGACUCUGAUGUUAUUUUUGGUAACUGUUGUUUUUAUAGUUUCGUUCAUUCCGUAUACUGGAAUGGUAAUUCUGCGGUACGUAAAUCCGGUAUAUGUGUUGACCCUUUCAUUUACUGGGAAGUGUAUUUAUCAAAUGACCUUAAGGUCUUAUUUGUUAAACAGUGUGCUGAACCCUAUUGUCUACUGUUUUGUGAGUAACCAGUUCAAAAUUAAGUGCAAAAGGGCUUUUAAACAAAUAUUUUGCUGUGGAAAUUCAAAAAAUCCUAAUUCAAGGUCUGUGUCAGGAGCACACAGUGGAAACGAACAUACCGAAAUGAAAUCAAAAAAAGGUUCAAAGUAGUCAACCUUUUCUUACAGAUGUGAUUAGUAAUACACAAAAGUAAUAAAGAAAUUGCUAC